GAUUGCCAAGCAUCUCCGACUGGGGGGAGAACUGUUUGUAAACAAUCAGUUAUCUCCCCUGUCAGCUCCUGCACACUGCUUUGCACAGCCAUGCAAAGCAGUGUGCUUACAGUGAAGCACAAACACAGCCCAGUAUGCAAAACAGCACACAGUUAACCCUUUGAUCGCACCACAUGUUAACCCCUUCCUGCCCAGUGCCAUUAGUACAGUGUCAGUGCUUUUUUAUUAGCUCUGAUCACUGUAUUGGUGUCACUGGAUAUUGGUGACGCCAGGUCGCUUCCCCCCAUGUCAGAAUGCCUGCCGCAGUCCCUCUAUAA